GACUCUCUCUCCCCCUCUCCCUCUCUCUCUCUCUUUCACCCUUCUGGAUAGCCAAGAACAUUCCCCUUCAUCUUUUUUUCUCUAGAGAAUCCAGAAGAGUUGAAAAAGGCGGAUUGAUUUUCUUUUUUAUUAUUCUCUGGGGUCUGGGUAGCCUUACUCCAACCCCUGCCGCAAUGGCGAAAUUGAUCACUCUUCCCUUACUCCAACUCCUUCUUUUCUUGAUCGUCGCCGUCCUCAUUUCCGUUCCCAAAUGUUUCUCUCAACAGAGUCCUAGCUAUCUGGGUUUUGUGGUGAAUGCGACGCAGUUGCCGCCGGAGGAGUUCUAUGAUUACAUCGUCGUCGGAGGCGGCACGGCGGGGUGUCCAUUGGCGGCGACAUUGUCGGAGAGGUUUAAGGUUCUGGUUCUUGAGAGAGGGGGUGUUCCGUAUGGGAAUCCCAAUUUGAUGACCCAAGAAGGGUAUCUCACGGCGCUAACGAACAUCGACGCCUAUGAUUCCCCUGUCCAAGCUUUCACGUCGCAAGAAGGGGUUCCGAACGCCCGCGGCCGCGUUCUUGGCGGCAGUAGCACCAUAAACGCCGGUUUCUAUAGCCGGGCGGAUAGGGAGUUUUACCGGCGGUCUGGGAUUGGGUGGGAUUUGAGGAUGGUGAACCAGUCGUAUGAGUGGGUAGAGAGGCUUAUUGUGUUCCGGCCGGAGCUCAAGAACUGGCAGGUGGCGGUUAGGGAUGGGUUGUUAGAAGCUGGGAUUGAUCCCUAUAAUGGGUUCAGCUUAGAUCAUGUUCUUGGUACCAAGAUCGGAGGAUCCACCUUUGAUAGCUCCGGCCGCCGCCAUAUUUCAGCGGAUCUUCUUAUCUAUGCAAACCCUUCAAACAUCCGUGUGGCGGUGCAUGCUAGUGUGGAGAGGAUUCUGUUGAAUUCCGGGUCCGGGUCGGGUUUUCCGGCGAAACAUUCGGCUACUGGGGUGGUUUUCCGGGACCAGACCGGCGGGUUUCACCAUGCUAUGGUGAGGGGGAAAGGUGAAGUCUUGCUAUCUGCUGGAGCUCUGGGUAGCCCUCAGCUGCUUCUUCUGAGUGGGAUUGGGCCAAGACACUAUCUUUCUUCUCUGGGUAUUCCUGUAUCCCUUCACUCACCUUAUGUAGGGGAGUUCUUGUUUGAUAAUCCAAGAAAUGGGAUCUCCAUUGUCCCUCCAUUGCCACUGGAGCAUUCUCUGGUUCAAGUUGUGGGGAUUACAAGCUCUGGGGCAUACCUAGAAGCAGUCUCAAAUGUGAUCCCUCUUGCUGCUGCUAACCCAGCCCUUCCAUUCUUUGUCAGAACCCCAUCCCCCCCAGUGUUCCACACAGUGGCCACAAUCUUGGAGAAAGUUGUGGGGCCCUCUUCUGCAGGCUCACUCAGGCUGGCAUCAACUGAUGUUAGGGUUAACCCUGUGGUCAGGUUCAAUUACUUCAGUGACAUUGGGGAUCUCCAGAGGUGUGUGAAUGGCACCAGGAAGAUUGGGGAUGUUCUCAGAACUAGUUCCAUGGAAGGGUUCAAAUUCUCUCAGUGGUUUGGUGGCAGGGAUUUCAUCUAUGUGGGCUCUGCUUUGCCUGCUGAUCUUUCAAACGACGUGCUUAUGGAGGAGUUCUGCCGCCAAACCGUGACCACCAUUUGGCAUUACCAUGGUGGGUGUGUUGUGGGGAAGGUGGUUGAUACAAAGUUGAGAGUUAUGGGAGUCAAAGCCCUCAGAGUUGUGGAUGGCUCCAUUUUCACUGUCUCUCCAGGGACUAAUCCCCAAGCCACUCUUCUUAUGAUGGGGAGGUACAUUGGUCUGCAGAUGCUGAGGGAGAGAUUUGAUUAGAAUUGAAUGAUCAUUUUUGUGAGAGAAUUGAAUUGAAGCAAGUGGUUUUGAUAUAGGUAGUGUUUGUUUUCUUCUGAUCUGUGUUUUGCUUCUGUAAAUGGCACUUCAGCAGAAGAGAAAUUAAAGCUAAGAUUAGUGUUUUUUGGUUCUGUAAGUGCCUGCCUUCUGUUGUUUUACUACCUUAGACCAGUCUGCAGUUUCAUGAAAACAGUGUACAUAACUGAGGUUUUAAAUCUAUGAUUCAUGGCUUUGAUCC